AUGAGGACUUUUCCCAAAAACAGGAGCUGCGAGAUUUACAGCGUGUCUGGUUCAGGUACAACAUCAGACUCACCUGCACAGGAUAUCAAAGUGAAGAAGCCGUGCCAGUCAACAAGCCAAGCUAAUAUUGAGACUCAGGCUGUGCCAGACUUCAAGCAGCCAGGGGACAAAAGAGCCACCUUGAGGUCAUGGAGGAGGUGGGCGCUGGGUGCAGCCUCCCUCAUUUUCCUCUCCACUGCUACUGCACUGACUUUCCGUUUCUCUGCAUCGCCUUCGUCCUCCACAGUCUUCUUCCUGGGAGGAAGUGUGGAGUUCUCCAACCUCAGUUUCUCACCCGAGCUGACUGAUCCCACCUCCAUGCCAUUCCGCCUACAGUCUCAGGCACUGAGCCACCACUUCUCAGAGUUGUACGAAUCAUCACCGUGGAGGCCCUAUUACCGCCGCUCAGGAAUCAUCGCCUUUAGUGAAGGAGGGAAUGGACUGAAUGUGUUCUUCUGGAGUAAGUUCUCAGCUCCGUCAGUGGCGGCUGCAGAGGAGCUGCAGAGAUCCAAACCUACCUGGCUGCAGCGUCGACUCCCCGGCAUCAACAAGGUCCUGCACAGCAGACUGGAGGAGCAGUACUACCUUUCCAAGGAUACAGACACACUAAGGCUUCUGGGUUUGAACCUGGACAGUGAAGAUGAUGAUGAUGACAAGGCUGAUAAGAUAAAAAACCCUAAUGGUCUACAGAGUGGCAAGUGGCAGCUCGGACUUCAGGCCAUGUCCUUCGACCUCUACGCCAAGUACGGCAACAAUCGCACGCUGAGUUUGGUGAGCCCAAAAAAACCGUAUUAUCAGUGGAGACUGAGAGUGCCCUCUGGUCAUGUGGUACGACUAGAUGUGGUCACCCUGCAAGGAGCGACGCCGGGUAGCUGCUCGGCUAAUAAACUCUCAGCGUACGACUUUCUGCUGCCGCUCCAGAACAAGAUCAUUGCCAGAUGGUGUGGACUGCCAGUGAGUGGUGCGUCUCCAGUGAUGAAACUAACCUCAUCUGGGAACGUCAUGCUUGUCACCUUCUCGUUUAGUCGACAGAGACAUGGUGCCAUCUUUAAGGCUUACUUUCAGGCUAUACCAAAAACCGAUUGUGGAGGUUUCCUCUCAGCUUGGAAUGGUUCUGUGGUAUCACCUUAUUAUCCUGCCUACUACCCUCCAAACGUAGACUGCAACUGGAAAAUUAGGGCUCCGAUGCCAGGCUAUCUGCUCUCCAUAACUAUUGUGAUGCUGGACAUUCAGGACUCACCCACCACAACCGGCUGUGAAAAAGACUGGCUGGAAAUCGGUGGUGUCAAGCUGUGUAAUCCGAUUGUGGACAGCAGCAGGAAGAGGAUCUACUCAUCCCCUGUGUUACUGCACUUCCACUCAGAUGAGUCUCUAACCCACAAGGGUUUUUACCUGGUGUACAGAGCUUUCUCCCCCGAGAGCACGUGUCCGAGGCAGUUCCGCUGUGGAGAUGGACGCUGUAUUCCUCUGAGAAAAGUGUGUGACGGAGAGAGGGACUGUGUGGACGGCCGGGACGAGGCCAAGUGCGCUGUUUGCAAAUCAGGAGAGGUGUACUGUGGAAGUGGACAGUGCAGACCACACGGGAGUCAGUGUAACCUACAGGCUUGUGGAGACAGCAGUGAGGAGUCAACCUGUGUAGGUAAAUGCUACCACAUGUGCCCCAACAAAAUCUGUUUGCCAAAGUCUUCAGUGUGUGAUGGAAUUAUUGACUGCAAGGACCGCAGUGAUGAGCUCAACUGCACACGAGCAUUUAAGGGCUGCUUGCCCACUUCAUAUAAAUGUGCGAAUGGCAAGUGUGUUACCAAAGUGAACCCAGAGUGUGACGGCAUCAAAGACUGCAAGGACGGUUCGGAUGAAAUGCGCUGUGGCUGUGGCAUCCGACCAAGGAAACGGGCAAAGAUCGUGGGAGGCACGGAUGCCCAGGCGGGUUCAUGGCCAUGGCAGGUGAGCCUGCAGAUUGAGCGCUACGGACAUGUGUGUGGAGCAUCACUGGUGGGCAGCCGCUGGCUUCUCUCGGCCGCUCACUGCUUCCAAGACUCGGAUGCCAUCAAGUACUCGGAUGCCCGAGCAUGGAGGGCGUACAUGGGCAUGCGUGUCAUGAAUUCAGCCAAUAACGCAGCGGCGACUCGCCAGAUCCGCCGAAUCGUCCAGCAUGCCCAGUACGAUCAGUUCACCUCUGACUAUGAUAUCGCCCUGCUGGAGCUCAGUGCCCCGGUCUAUUUCAACGAUCUGGUACAGCCUGUAUGUGUGCCAGCCCCAACUCACGCCUUUACCUCCGGCACCAGCUGCUUCGUCACUGGUUGGGGGGUUCUCACCGAGGAAGGUGAGCUGGCCACGUUGCUGCAAGAAGCCACAGUGAACAUAAUCAACCACAAAACCUGCAACAAGAUGUAUGAUGAUGCCGUAACUCCUCGAAUGAUCUGUGCAGGGAGCGUACAGGGAGGAGUCGACGCCUGUCAGGGAGACUCUGGAGGACCUUUGGUGUGUCUGGAGCGAGGGCGGAGGUGGUUCCUGGCCGGGAUCGUGAGCUGGGGGGAGGGCUGUGCCCGGCAAAACCGACCCGGGGUUUACACACAGGUCAUCAAGUUCGCAGACUGGAUUCACCAGCAGACUAAAGGUCAGGUGUGACGCCAAUAAAUACAGGACUUCAUUCCAGUUUGCACACACGCUGCCGUUCAUCAUGGACGUUCACUCAGUCUGCGAGGUGUUUCAACAGAGGAGCCCGCUCAGUCCGCCGGACUUUAUCUACUACUGUCCUAACUA